UGCUACAGGAGGAGAUACAUGUACAUGUACUCUUCUAUACCUUUACCUUCAUAACCAGGAGUAAAGUACCAGUGGAAAACAAGUACAACUGUACCAGCAGCAGACCAACAGCAAGGGAGGAAUUUGAAAAUGGAAACUGACAAGAUAGAAGAAGCUACAAGUAAUGCUGUGGAUAUCUAUAAAGGCCUAGCAUGCUCCCCGAGUGUCACACGUGGAGAGAUCAGUUUUGGAGACAACACAUCAUUAACUACAGUGACAUCUAUCUGGUCACAACGGGAUAUUGAGAGAAGUGAAAAUGUGAAAUUUUCUCGAAGCCACUAUAUCAGCCAGGAAAACCAUAUAGAGGUGCUUGCCAGAUCUGCACCAACUGAACUAAAAUCAGAAGUAUGGAAUGUCCAGUCUCCCAGUGGAAAGCUCAGGGUAAUUAUCAGAUCUGUCAAGUCUGAUAAACAAGAUGAGAAGCAAUAUAUUGAGAUUUGGAAUACACAAAACAAGGAAAAGAAUAUUGAUGUAAAAUCUUUAGACAUCCAUGGAAAGAUUUAUGACCAAGAUGGUCACUUUGGAACUCUGCAAUGGUCAAAAUCAGAGAAAUUCCUACUCUACGUGGCAGAGAAAAAACAGCCUAAAACAGAAUCAUUUUUUGAGAAGAAACCCGAAUCUAAUAGCGACUCAUCAAAAGAUCCUCCUCUGCGCGGUGAGGAGCAUGUGUUUAGGGAGAUGUGGGGGGAACAGUUUGUAGACAAAUGCCACCCAGUUCUAUGUGUGUUUGACAUAGAAGCAGCCACUACAAGGGUAUUGGAUACAACAAAGGUUUUGAACACUGAAAUGGAUAUGUCUGCUGGUCAGGCAAUCUGGACCCCAGGUGACUCCGGUGUUGUGUUUGUAGGCUGGACCAAUGAACCUUUCAAAUUGGGUCUUAUAUAUUGUCCACAGAGGAGGAAUGCUCUUUACCACAUUGACCUGGAGUCAACAACUUGUACGCAGCUUAGUGAAAAGGACAAAUCAGUACGCUCCCCACGAUUCACUCCUGAUGGCAAAAAACUAGUGUACUUACAAAAUGCCACAUAUGGACCUCAUAUGACUUGUGCCAACUUGAUUGAGUGUGACUGGGCUUCAAAAAAUUUGACUACCAUUGUUGGUGAUUGUUUCCAAGGUGAAGAUGGAAUUUCAAAAUUCCCAGGCAUUUAUUCCUUGGAAUUUCCAACCCGUUGCUGGGCAACAGACAACAAGACUCUAUUCAUGAGUUCCACCUGGGGUAGCAAAGUUGAUAUUAUAAGCAUAAACAUAGAAACCAAGACAGUCGCUAAAUUGAAUGAGGAUGCUGAAGUGGGAGUUUGGACAGUGUUAGAUGUCACAAGAGAUAUGAUACUUGCCUCCUAUGCCAACCCAUCUACCCCACCAUACUUGAGAUUAGGUGUGCUCAAUUUGAAAGAAGAUGCCACUUACAGUAUAACAUGGACUCAGCUAGACACCCCUUCACGAAUAUCUGGUAUCAAAUACAAAAUAAAUACACACACACCUACAGGAGAAAAAGCUAAGGACCACUUUUCCAAUUUAAAGUAUGAGUCGAUACUUGUAACUCCUACCUCUGAAAGCAAUGUUAAACCACCCUUGGUGGUGUAUCCCCAUGGGGGGCCCCACUCUGCGAUUGUGUGUGAUUUUAUGCUGUACAUUGCUGGACUUUGCAAAUGUGGCUAUGCUGUGUUAUUGGUGAACUAUAGGGGGUCCACUGGUGCAGGGAAAGAUAGCAUUGAUUCAUUACCUGGCAAUGUAGGCACCCAAGAUGUCAAUGAUGUACAGGGCGCUGCAGAAGAAAUUAUCAAGGAUGGCAAUUUUGAUAAAAAUAGGGUGGUUGUUAUGGGAGGCUCCCAUGGGGGUUUCCUGACAGGUCACCUUAUAGGACAACAUCCUAAAUUCUACAGAGCAGCUGUCAUGCGAAAUCCUGCAAUAAAUGUUGCCAGUAUGCUCGGAUCUACAGACAUCCCUGAUUGGUGUUUUGUAGAGGCAGGGAUCGAAUACAAUCAAAGUAUACUAGCAGGUGUCGAAGAUUACAAAAAAAUGUGGGAGAGAUCACCUAUCAAGUAUGUUAAAGAUGUGACGACACCAGUGAUGAUUAUGCUUGGGGCAAUUGAUUUGAGGGUGCCUCCCAAACAAGGACAUGAAUACUACAGAGCAUUGAAGGCUAACAAUGUAGAAGCAAGGAUGCUUGUAUAUGAGGGGAACUGCCACCCAAUUAACAAAGUGGACGCUGAGGCUGAUGCCUUUGUCAACAUAGUGAAAUGGUUCACUAAACACCUCAGUUCACCAUAG